CAGGGGGAAGACGCCAUCUUUCUUGCUGCUAGGACAUUGACUGUUGGCAGUGGAUCGACACUAUCAUGUGAUGCCAAGCGUUUUAGUUAUCACUCCUGAAAAUGAUCUUCUUUCCUUUCAGUACGGAGUAGUAAAUAUCUACUCCGUAUAUAUAUCUGUGGAGGCAGUGGGUGUUGGACUGCUUGAUGGAAUGCAGUCUGUCCCUACUUGAUAUGCGUUGCCAUGUCUGCAGGUACGAGCAGGUCUCUGAAAUCCAGAGCAGGGUGCAAGACGUGCAAAAUCCGACGAGUCAAGUGCGGAGAAGAAAAGCCGCACUGUGUGCGAUGCACCAGCACCGGUCGCACAUGCGAGUACUCCGACACCAACAACGCCCGCGCUCUCUCGCUGCUUGACCAGCGACUUUCGCUCUCGCCCAACACGGUGUGGCGCGAGCGACGGGCGUUUGCUUACUAUUUCCAGUGCGCUGCCCAGUAUGUGGGUGGUGAGCUGGACGUGGAUUUCUGGCGCACGGUUGUGCCGCAGGUGUGUCGGACGGAGCCGGCCGUGUGGGAUGCCAUCAUCGCGAUGAGUGUGUUGAUAGAGAAUCCCGAACACUCUCAGCAGCAGCAGCGAAGAAGACCCCAAGAUGCGCUGGCCUGGUAUGCGCGCUCGGUUUCGGCGGUGCGGCAGCGUCUCGAACGUGGCGGGCUCGAUCUCCUCGUCGGGCUGAUCAGCUGUACCCUCUUCAUCUGUAUCGAGUCCCUCCAGGGGGGUAUCGAGGCGGCUGUCCGGCUGUACGGUCAGGGAGUGCGUCUUAUUCUUGCCCUGCGUGCUCAAAUCGCUGGCCGUGGUGUUUCCGGGUCGGCUAUCAACGCUGCCUCCCUGCUGGAGGAGACCAUCGUCCCUAUUUUCACCCGGAUGGGAAUGCUUGCUCUUGCCACCUCGACUGCUCCAGCGGGGGGAUUACGGCAGGAUAUCAAGGGGCCCACAGCGUUUCUCUCCUCCCUCAAGGCCGCUCGGGAGACCAUAGUUGCCCUGGCCAACGAGGCCCAGAUCUUGCAAACUGCCUGCAAUGACUAUCGUCAGCGAGAAUCUUCUUUCUGGCGGCUCUCCCCGGAACUGAUCGAUCGACAGAAAAUCCUGUCGGCUAGCCUCCAGAGCUGGCACAAAGCUUUUACCGACCUGGCGGGAAGGAAACGGGAUAUUCUAUCGUUGUCACCAUCGUCUAUGGUGAGCACCAGCGCCCUCCUGCUGGCGUACUACGAAAUGCUGGUGGUGAGCCUUGCCACCUGCGUCUCACCCCUCCAGACCGCCACAGAUGCAUACAUCCCCCGUUUCCAGACAAUCGUGGACCAGUGUCGCAUCGCGCUCGAUGCCUCGAUGCGGCCGGACGGCACCCAACCGCCGCUCUCGCUGGACGUCGGCGUCAGUCUCCCGCUCUGGUUCACCUCGCUGCGAUGCCGUGAGCCUCAAAUCCGACGCGCAGCGCUGGCCUUGCUCCGUCGAGCACCACUAGUCCAGGGGUUCUACCAGUGUAUCCCUGCGGCUAGCUUGGGUGAACGCAUUAUGGCUCUUGAAGAGCGGCAUGGGAAAAGCAUGAGGUUGCCUGGCAACAACGACAACAACGACAACAAUGACAGGCCAGAUCCUCUCAUCCCCGAAGAAGCCCGCUUCGGCCCCCUCGACGUGUUUUGGCUGCGAGACGGUUGUCCGCCAGGCCCGAAUGAAGAGCUGGUCAAUUGGGACCGCAGCCGGGAUCAGUCUUUUCUACGGUACUCGCGCAACAAGCACGACCCGGCGAGUGGCACUUGGCAGACUGUUUAUGAGUGUGUUUGCCUUGAUUUUGAAGUGUAAUCAUGUUCCUCGGCUAUUGGUCGUUUAUAGCUCAAUAAGAUUGGAGAAUAACUUACGACGCUUACGUCACACCUCACCAGAAGACAUCUUAAGAUUCAUCUUAAGCUUCUUCUUAAGAACUGUUUUAUCUAUACAUCUAUCAUCAUGUCGGUCAAACGUAAGCCGUUACCGUCGCAGGCAUUACAAGUACAAACACCACAGUUAUUACCAGAG